CUCGUCAUGGAGUCCAAAUGCUAAGCUAGAACUAAGUGCAGAGAGAAAGAGAGAGAGAGAAAGAGAGAGAGAGAAAAUGGAGAAGUAGCACCAUCCUGCGGAUUCCACUGGGUUCCUCCUUCUCUCUCUUCCAGAAGGUGCAAAGCAACAAGGCAAGCAAGGAGAGGCUCCCAUGGAAAGAGGAAGGAGGAGUUGCAUUGAGAAGCAAAGCAGGAAGCCCGCCUGGCCAGGAAGCUGUGACUGUGAGAGAAGAAAUAGAGUCCAAGUAACUUCUUAAGGAAAAGUCAAGUCUCAAAGAACGGAGAUGGAUGGGUGGCAAGGAAGCAACAGCUCCAUGAGCAACAAUGCAACUGAUCUAGCCAUUGGUUUUACCUCUUCAGGAAUAGCUAUCCUCCUGUUUGGAACAAACUUUGUGCCAGUUAAGAAAUUUGACACUGGUGAUGGAAUGUUCUUCCAAUGGAUUCUCUGUGCUGCGAUCUGGAUAGUAUCUCUCAUUGUAAACCUCAUUCAAAAUAGCCCUCGAUUUUGGCCUCUUGCUAUGGUUGGGGGCUUUUUGUGGGCUACAGGUAACAUAACAGUCGUUCCUAUUGUUAAAACCAUUGGCUUAGGCCUUGGUCUCUUAAUCUGGGCUUCUUUUAACCUGCUAACUGGCUGGGCCACCUCAAGGUUUGGCUGGUUUGGAAUUGACCCAGAAAUAGUUGCAAAGCCUGUCUUAAACUACAUUGGAGCUGGACUGUCAGUGCUCAGCACCAUCCUGUUUCUUUUUAUAAGAACUGAUGUUCAGAGCUCACCACCAUCAGAAAACACUCCAUUAUUAAGGGACCACCAAAUCAACUCUUCUGAAUGUGGAGCAGAAAACAGGAGUGAUGCAUCAUGGGUGGACAGUCUUUCUCCAUUGGGAAAGAGAGUAAUAGGCUGCUCCCUGGCUGUGAUGGCUGGAAUAUUGUAUGGUUCUAGUUUUGUGCCUGUACUUUACAUCAAGGACCAUGGCAGAAGGAACGGAACAGCCUAUACAGGAGCCAGCCAGUUUGAUUUAGAUUAUGUCUUUGCACACUUCAGUGGCAUCUUCCUUACAAGUACUGUUUACUUUUUGAUCUACUGCGCAGCAAUGAAAAAUAGUCCUAAAGUUUAUCCUGAAGCCAUAAUCCCAGGUUUUGUUUCUGGUGUAAUGUGGGGAAUCGCAAAUUGCUGCUGGUUCAUUGCAAAUCGUUACCUCAGUGCUGUGGUCAGCUUUCCAAUAAUCACUGCAGGUCCUGGCUUCAUAGCUGCAAUGUGGGGAGUGCUGGUGUUUAAAGAAAUAAAGGGACUGAAAAAUUAUUUGUUGCUUAUGGUAGCAUUUUGUGUCAUUUUGGCUGGGUCACUUUCAACAGCUUUUUCUAAAGUCUGAAGAUAACAUUGCUUGAACCAGCAGAUGGCACCACUAGUUAAGAAAUUUAAGACCUUCAGGAUCACCACAUCUAUUAAUUUCCUUGGGUCACUAAUACCAUCACUCUAACUGGAGAGACAGAAAACUUAAACUCCAUAAAUCAGAGACUGUUUGUGCUAAAUGCAAAACAUUCUUCAUAUUUUCCACAUUCUGGAAAGGGAGAGGAAAGCUUGCUGGGUUCAGAUGAUUACGAACUGAAAUCAGUGUCGGGGCUUUUAAUGAUCUCAUAACGUUUUGUCUUGUGGUUGUUGCUAAUUCGAGAAGCUGAAGUAUAAAAAUAAGAGUUCAAUACCAUGUACAUGUUAAGCACGAAUCAGGGGAAAUAAUUUUAGUAUUGGGCAUUCUGUCUAUUUCUCAGUGGUUAGAUAACCAGAGUGGCAGGACCAACCCUACCAUUAGUCAGAGUCUUCUCUUGCAGAAUAUUUUGAGCAUCACAAAAGAGCAGCACAUUAUUAAUUAUCUGAGGGUGGGUAGAGAUGCUUAAAGGAUUUGCUGCUUCAUGAGCCAAAUUAACUUGCCUGACCUUGAGCUUGGAUGUAUUUUGACUGGGAGGAGGUGCAAUUCACUGCCCUGCCUCAAGCAGCAAAUUGUCUUAGGCCAUUACAGGCCUGCAAGCGGAGCAUAAUGGGGAUGGGAAUCUAUUGCUAAACUUCUGGGCAAAGGUGAGCAAAGAUUUCUUAUUCCUAAUUGUCUACUAAAUUGCACUAAAAUGUAUUUACCUCACUUUAAAAUAAAGUUUCUGAACAAAAAGAACACGUUUUGGAGAGGUACAUUUUGAGAGCCAGCAUGAUGUAGUGGUUUGAGCACUGGACUACAAGCCUGGAGAUCAGGGUUCAUUUCCCUGCUCAGCCAUGGGAACCCACUGGGUGACCAUAGGUGAGUCAUAAAUCGGAAAUGACCUGAAGGCACACAACAACAAGAAGAUUUUGGUAUGAAAAGACCUAUAAGCAUGGUUCUGUUACAGAUCACAAACCUUUGGAAUAAGCAAAUGCUCAGAGAUGUCAUUUGUUUGCAAAAGGGGCACCUAACUCCCAUCACUGUAUCUUUUAGGGAUCUGCCAAAACCCUAAUUAAAACUUUUUAGGGAUCUAAAAACCUGAUCUUUUUGUGAGCUAAAAGUAUUUCAACAUGGUAAGCAUUCCUCCUAUGUUUCCACAAGACCAGCCAUUCCUUGGACCUUCACACCUUGCUGGUAGCUCAUCAUUCAGCAACAGAUCUCAUAAUGCCUUUCAGCCAAGAUGUGGAUUGCUUGCAUUGAAAUUGUGGAUUGAAGUGCUUCUAGUUCAGCAGGGAUCAGAGCCAGGGGGAUUACGUAUAUGAAAGCUGUGCCUGCUAUGCCAGCUAAUGGGAGAGCUAUAUUUACUUGAGUAUCAGUCCUGUGAACGUGCACCUUAUACUCAGCUUCUUUAUUUGUAAACCUUCACAAUUUUGGGCCCAAGAUAUUUGCUUUCUCCCAUAGCAGCCUGCCUGCACUAUGAGGUAUCAGCACUGUCAAGGUGUUGGUUAGGUCUUUUCUGUGGUGGCCCUGCUUCUCCAACUCUGGUGUCAGCUUUCACUUCCGGACUAUCAAGACUUUCUUCAAGGAAAGUUCCAAAGGUCCAUCUGUGGAGACCCAUCUUUUUUCUGUUUCCUUAGUUUAUGGUCUGCUUGGGGUUUCUUACCCCAUAAUUUCUUGUUUUUACUUAAUGUUUCUUAAAUAUUUACUUACUGACUUUUAUUUUGUAUUGUUUGUAAAUAAAUAAAUGUAAGUAUUUCCAAA